AUGGGGGGAGGAAAAGGAGAGGAGGAGGGGAAGAUGAGGUGAAAGAGAGGAAUGAGGGAGAGGGAUUCAUGGAGAGGGACAGAUGCACACACAGUGGAGAAGAGAUAUAGAACACCUCAAAGUAACACUUAAGCAUGCCUUUCGAAGUGCCACCAUUUGGAGUGAGGGAGCCCAUCCCAGUUCCUCUUAGUUUACCCUCCAUCUCUCCUUUCGUUUUCCCAACAUGUCUUUUUUUACCACGUCUUUCCCCACCCCCCAUUCUGGGUGUGUGUGAUGCAUGGUCCCUGUCAUAGUAUAUGACCAUCCCCUCUCAGUUCUGUGCAUAUCGGCUUUCUGUACACCCCUUCUCUCUCUUCUGUGUUAACAGACAGACAGAGAGGCCUAGCUCCCUAACUGAGGCCGAAUCAGGCAACAGGCUAACACAACAGCUCUUUCCAAAGGCUUUGAUCACACAAUAGAGGGAAACACAGAUUCAAUAUCUAUGAAAUGAAAGUACAGCCCCCGGUACUAUGGAAUACUAAGGUGGGGAAUAUAGCCCCCAUCAAUCAACACACACUCCUCCCCAGACCACACACACUGUGUGGUGGUGGUGGUGGGUGGAGAGGGAAAGGUACAUUAUUUCCGGAGUGAAGGAAAGAGAAAAAUAUGACAGUACCGAAACUAUACCUGUGUGGGACAAUGUGCCCCGGGGGGAGCGUUUAGAGCCUUGCGCACACGUUCUGGCCCGGCCGGUUGCCUGCGAGUGGAAUUCACUUUCUCUUCCUGCCUAGGAUGGGGGUGGCGGGGGAGGGGGAUAAUGUAGCACACACAAUGAGGGUGGAAUGUAUUUAGGGAGGUGUGCUGAGGUACAGGAACGGUUGGGAAGGCCUCUGUACCUGGGGCGGCAGGUAGCCUAGCGGUUAGAGAGGAAAGCCAGCAACCAGAGGGUUGCUGCAUUGAAUCCUGGGUCCGGCUGGAAAAAUCUGUCGGGAAAUUAGCUGGCAACCGUAGGGUAUCAAAUCCUAGAUGCUAUUGCCUGCCGUUGUGCCCUUGAGCAAGGCACUUAACCUCCCACAACAACAGCUCCUUGGGCGCCCAGUGUGGCAGCCCCUGAACCUCUCCAAAAAUCGGUAUACUGUAUGUACAGUUGAAGUCGGAAGUUUACAUACACUUAGAUUGGAGUCAUUAAAACUCGUUUUUCAACCACCACAAAUUUCUUGUUAACAAACUAUAGUUUUGGCAAGUCGGUUAGGACAUCUAUUUUGUGCAUGACACAAUUAAUUUUUCCAACAAUUGUUUACAGACAGAUUAUUUCACUUAUAAUUCACUGUAUCACAAUUCCAGUGGGUCAGAAGUUUACAUACACUAAGUUGACUGUGCCUUUAAACAGCUUGGAAAAUUCAGGAAAAUUAUGUCAUGCUGUUAGAAGCUUCUGAUAGGCUAAUUGACAUCAUUUGAGUCAAUUGGAGGUGUAUCUGUGGAUGUAUUUCAAGGCCUACCUUCAAACUUAGUGCCUUUGCUUGACAUCAUGGGAAAAUCAAAAGAAAUCAGCCAAGACCUCAGAAAAGAAAUUGUAGACCUUCUGGUUCAUCCUUGGGAGCAAUUUUGAAACGCCUGAAAGUACCACAUUCAUCUGUACAAACAAUAGUACGCAAGUAUAAACACCAUGGGACCACACAGCCGUCAUACCGCUCAGGAAGGAGACGCGUUCUGUCUCCUAGAGAUUAACGUACUUUGGUGCGAAAAGUGCAAAUCAAUCCCAGAACAACAGUAAAGGACCUUGUGAAGAUGCUGGAGGAAUCAGGUACAAAAGUAUCUAUAUCCACAGUAAAACGAGUCCUAUAUCGACAUAACCUGAAAGGCUGCUCAGCAAGGAAGAAGCCACUGCUCCAAAACCGCCAUAAAAAAGCCAGAAUAUGGUUUGCAACUGCACAUGGGGACAAAGAUCGUACUUUUUGGAGAAAUGUCCUCUGGUCUGAUGAAACAAAAAUAUAACUGUUUGGCCAUAAUGACCAUCGUUAUGUUUGGAGGAAAAAGGGGGAACUUGCAAGCCGAAGAACACCAUCCCAAUCGUGAAGCACGGGGUGGCAGCAUCAUGCAGUGAGGGUGCUUUGCUGCAGGAGGGACUGGUGCACAUCACAAAAUAGAUGGCAUCAUGAGGAAGGAAAAUUAUGUGGAUAUAUUGAAGCAACAUCUCAAGACAUUAGUCAGGAAGUUAAAGCUUGGUCGCAAAUUGGUCUUCCAAAUGGACAAUGACCCCAAGCAUACUUCCAAAGUUGUGGCAAAAUGGCUUAAGGACAACAAAGUCAAGGUAUUGGAGUGGCCAUCACAAAGACCUGACCUCAAUCCUAUAGAAAAUUUGUGGGCAGAACUGAAAGAGCGUGUGCGAGCAAGGAGGCCUACAAUCCUGACUCAGUUUCACCAGCUCUGUCAGGAGGAAUGGGCCAAAAUUCACCCAACUUAUUGUGGGAAGCUUGUGGAAGGCUACCCUAAACAUUUGACCCAAGUUAAACAAUUUAAAGGCAAUGCUACCAAAUACUAAUUGAGUGUAUGUAAACUUCUGACCCACUGGGAAUGUGAUGAAAGAAAUAAAAGCUGAAAUAAAUCAUUCUGUCUACAAUUAUUCUGACAUGUCACAUUCUUAAAAUAAAGUGGUGAUCCUAACUGACCUAAGACAGGGAAUUGUUACUAGGAUUAAAUGUCAGGAUUUGUGAAAAACUGAGUUUAAAUGUAUUUGGCUAAGGUGUAUGUAAACUUCCGACUUCAACUGUAAGUGUGUCUUUCGGAGGGGUUGGGUUAAACGCAGAACUAAAAUGUCCUUGUGUACAACUGACCAAUAAAGUAAUUUUAAUAAACUAUGCCUCUAAUUAUUAGUGUACAAUUAGCCAAAUGUAGACAGUCAGCCAAAAGACACGUCAGACAGACACAGAACAGGAGUUUUUAAUAAAUGUUUUCAUUGUUGUUGGGAGUUUAUUUUCCCCUCAAAACCUUUUAAUCUUUCCCAGCUCAGCCCCUUUCCUGAGAAAGAACACACAUGCACAGACGUGCACAUGCACGCACGCACACACACACGUUUUGCGCAUCAAUAAACAAUCCAAAAAUCUUGCACCUCUGCCAAGUUUUUUUAUUUUUUAUAAUGAAGGGUUUUACUGAGUGUUGAGAUCUGUAAACUAUGUGUCGAUCCAGAGAAUCCUCUCUCUCUCUCUCUCUGUGUGUGGGGGGUCUAGCAGAGGGGUAAAGCACCGUCGCUGCUAAAUCGUGGCCGCCACUGCAAUUUUUUGGGGGGAUGUAUAGAUGUAUCCCCCCGCAGGAAGACCCCCGCAUUCACCCACUCCCCCCAGCUAACUCUUUCCUAGGGGAAACACUUGUGUGUGUGCUUGUGUAGGCAUUAUGUCAGAAUGUGUGGGAGAGCCUGAGGGUGACUGGGCCUGGAUUCAAUAUACAUUGCAAUAAUCAAUUUACAUUGGCAUCAUAUUAGUGUCCAUGCUCACUCAUAAUGCGUCCAGAGAGGUGGAUUGAAUCCAUGCAGCAGUGGCAUCGCAGAGAGGCUGCAUUAGAGGUUGACACAGGAACAGGAAGUGAAGUUCUAGAGUCAAGUUUGGGACAGGAUCAACAGUCCACAGGAACGGGCAGUACAGGAGGGGGGGGGUUAAGAAUGUGUAAUGUAUGGAGCAUUUCAUUAAAAAAACUGUGUGUAGGCAUAAUAUAGUUUACUUAAUAAAAAUCUAUAAAAAAAAGAAAUGGUCAUUUCCCCCUCCCCUUCCGUCGGCUCACUCUCGCGCCUCUCUCCAGUUGUAGCCACUGCCAGUCACUACUUUACCUCAGAUGCCAACGUAUGUCAGUGAACGAUGAAUUGCAACGUCUCUUUGCAGCCAAGGACCCAUCACUAACAUUAGAGCCAUUAAAAGGAAAAGGAACAUUUGAUAGUGGUAUUUGACAACGAGGGAACAGAGUACACGGCUUGUAAAAAAGUGGCAAAGCUGCUUUACUACCAACAACGUUACCAGUCGUUUACGUAUUUAACUAAACCCGAGCCAUCUGAGGUAAACAGUAGGAUGACCGGUAGGUUGUCAGAUAUGUGCGCCAUUUAAUCUUGUUGAGGCCAAAGGUUUCGAAAUUGUGACCCAAAGUUCCAUAUCCAUGAGUUCAUCCGACUCUGGGUAAGUAGAAGGCCUGCCUUCAUUGCCAAAAUCACGUAAUGUGGUUGUUAUCAGCUGUGAGUGCAGGCAAUUGUCUCGUGAGCGCCGUGCAGCAGCCAAACGGAGCAGUUACUAUGGCUACACACAUGCAGAGCAGGAGACAGACAGACGAGCAACUAAAGCAGGAAGUCAUUCAUUUGUUCUGCGUGUAAAAAUUAGCACGGGACGGGAUAGGAGUGAUUUUUAUCGGGAUAGGACAGGAAAGUUCUGGGUUUAUAGAACAGUUGCAGGAUCAGGACAGUACUGGAAAAAAAUUGACAGGACAAGACGGGACAGGAAUUAAUUUUCACUCCUGUGUCAACGUCUAGGAAGCAUCUCAAAUGGCACCCUACUUCCUAUAUAGUGCACUAUUUUUGACCAGGGCACAUAGGUCAAAAGUAGGGCUCUGGUCCCAAAUGGCUCUUGUCAAAAGUAAUACACUAUAUAGGGAAUACGGUGCCGCAGCCUCAGUGUGGGCUUUAGAGUUGGUUUAUUUAAAAUGUAUUCACCUCUAGUGGACCUAGACAUGCUUCUCCACAGUAACUUACAAGGCAGAGAACACAGAACCACUUACUGUGGGAUUUGGAGCUUAUCCCAGAAACAGUUUUAUAUUAUGCUCUUUGGGGUUUAAAUGUUUUUGCCUUCCUUGGCCUGUAGAUUUUGUGCAGGCAGAGGUUUGAGACUAGAUUUACCAUGGUUGUAGAGAGAGAAAGAGAAAGAGAGAGGGCAGAAAAACAUAGUAGUUAAAGGUUUUCUCCUCUGUCGAAGACUCACUGUCCUAAAACAAGGAAAGGAAGAAAGAACGUAACGAGAGCUCCCCUCUAAAACAGCUUUCACGCUUAGACCCUUUCCUGUCAGGCUUUACUCUCUGAUGGAUGUAGGAGAUUAAAAAUAUAUAUAUAUAUUUUCAUUUUGGAGGUAUCCGGUUUUCCCUGCUGUUUCACAUUGGCUGCCUGGUCUUUCUGCUAAAAGGGAGGGGGUCUGUCUAUCUGUCUGGGCACAGUGAUUGGUUGUUAUUCUUACAGACUCCACCUCCACACCACUGUCCACUCUCCACCCUCUGCUUUGGGACAUAACUGCAUGCUUUACACAUGAAAAUACAACCCAACACAAGAUAAUGUUUAGAGUGUGGCUGACUGAGGGAUCCACAAGGGGUUAUGGGGUUGUCAUCCUAAUGUAUGGUUUUAAGAUUAAACAAUUUGGGCUUCUUCUCUCUCACUGUAUCGCUCCUCUUGGCAUAACAUUGAUUUAAGUGCAUCCAUGGGGUUAUGUGUGUUUUUUUUUUACACUUGCUUAUUUCUUCUUCCACCUUUUUCCCUGACUUUCCUCCCUCCUUUCUGUGCACAACCCUCCUCACCUUCCUCCUCCCCUUCCUUCGCUCUGCAGAGCCUCCGACCAAAUACCAAAUCUCUAAGCCCACCGUGUGCUCGGUGCACCCGGGGGAACUGCUGAAGCUCAGUUGCCUUCUGGCCGGGGAGGCUGGGGCCAUCACCUGGACUAAGGAUGGUUCCUCUCUGGGGGCCAACAACCGCACCCUGAUAGAGCAGGAGGUUCUGCAGAUCCGCGACGCCACUCCCAAGGACUCGGGGCUGUACGCUUGCAGCACUGUGGGUCCUCAGGGCAGCGACACGCUCUGCUUUAUAGUGAAUGUCACAGGUGAGUCAGGGUGCCAUGAAGGAGGCAGGACAGAGAGUAACCAGAUAGUCAGCCGGCCAGCCUGUCUGGGCAGGACAUGGGCCGACACAGGCAGAGUUGGCAAUGGUGUAGGUUUAAUAGUAUGCUUUUAUAUGGCUCUGGUAUACACAUAUGCCGUGUUGUGGAGAGUACAGUCAGUGUAGGCAGAGUGGAUAGUCGCUGGACUGCAAUGUGGCUUCAGCUACUUUACCUGUGAGGGUCCGAGUUGCACCUACAUCCCUGUUCUUGAGAGGUGGUGCUGCCUUUGUAAUGGUGUAGUUGGGAUAUGGCCAUGGAAGGGCUGUGGACUGGGUGUUUUGUUUUUAUGGCUCAUUUAGUUAAUUUAUAGUUAUUGAGCUUUUCUUACAUAGGUUAGUGACUCAUGUAAACGUCAAUAUUACAUCACCUGAUCCUCAACACAUCAGUGCACGUAUGAGCAUGUGCUGCAGUGAGCGUGUGUGUGUUGUAGUGGUGUGCGUGAAAGUGCGUGUGUGUGCCUAGCAGUGUGAGUGUAUGUGUAUGGCUGCAGCUGUCCUGAGAGGUGGCAGAGAUGGCAGUAAGUAACAGUGGUCAUCUCUACAGAUGCCAUCUCGUCUGGGGACGAUGAGGACGACACAGAGCGAUCGGAGGACGUGGGGGCGGACGGAGAGCAGAUAAGUGAGUAUGGGGAUAGUAUUGUGGGGACAGUGUGGGCAGCAGAGGCCAUGACUAUUGUCUUCUGUAGUGGGGGCCUGUGGGCAAUAUGUGAACUCAGCAAAAAGGUUGUAGUUUUUUUGGUUGUUUUUACCCUCAUUGUUAAAUGAUAACACUGAUGUAGAACUGAGGGCAAUUGAUUGGACUAUCGGCCAUGAGGUCAAAUGUCAUCAUGACCAAAGCUCUUGACUUUUAUGGCUACCUCAUCUCUGUACCGCACACAUACAAUUAUCUGUAAGAUCCCUCAGUCAAGCAGUGAAUUUCAAACACAGAUUCAACCACAAAGACUAUGGAGGUUUUCCAAUACCUCACAAAGGGCACCUAUUGGUAGAUUGGUAAAAAUAAAAGACUCACACUUUGGAUGGUGUAUCAAUAUACUCAGACACCAGUAGAGGAUGCUGAGGGGAGGAUGGUUUAUACUGAUGGCUGGAAAGGUGCCAAUGGAAUGGCAUCAAACCAUGUGUUUUAUGUAUUUGAUACCAUUCCACUAAUUCUGCUCCAGUCAUUACCACUAGCCCGUCCUCCCCAAUUAAGGUACCACCAACCUCCCGUGUCAGACACUACAAAGAUAAAGGCGCCCUUCCUAACUCAUUUGCCGGAGAGGAAGGAAACCACUCAGGGAUUUCACCAUGAGGCCAAUGGUGACUUUAAAAUAGUUUAAUGGCUGUGAUAGGAGAAAACUGAGGAUGGAUCAACAACAUUGUAGUUACUCCACAAUACUAACCUAAUUGACAGAGUAAAAAGAAGGAAGUCUGUACAGAAUAACAAUAUUCCAAAACAUGCAUCCUGUUUGCAACAAGGCACUAAAGUAAUGCAAAAGCAAUUAACUUUUUAAUGAAUACAAAGUGCUAUGUAUAGAGCAAAUCCAAUACAACUCAUUACUGAGUACCACUCUCCAUAUUUUCAAGCAUAGUGGUGGCUGCAUUAUGUUAUGGGUAUGCUUGUAAUCGUUAAGGACAGGGUCGUUUUUCAGGAUAAAAAAUAAACGGAAUGGAGCUAAGCACAGGCAAAAUCCUAGAGGAAAACCUGGUUCAGUCAUCUUUCCACCAGACACUGGGAGAUUAAUUCACCUUUCAGCAGGAUAAUAACCUAAAACACAAGGCCAAAUAUACACUGGAGUUGCUUACCAAGAAGACAGAGAAUAUUCCUGAGUGGCUGAGUUACAGUUUUGACUUAAAUACUACUUGAAAUGCAAUGGCAAGACCUGAAAAUGGUUGUCUAGCAAUGAUCAACAACCAAUUUGACAGAGCUUGAAAAAGUUUGAAGAAUAAUGGGCAAAUUUUGCGCAAUCCAGGUGUGGAAUUCUCUUAGAGACUUACCCAGAAAUACUCACAGCUGUAAUCGCUGCCUAAGGUGCUUCUAUAAAGUAUUGACUCAGGGGUGUGAAUACUUAUGUAAAUUAAAUGUUAAUAUGUUUCAUUUUCAAUAAAUAGCAAACAUUUCUAAAAACAUGUUUUCACUUGGUAUUGUGUGUAGAUGGGUGAAAAAAACUCAACGUAAUCCAUUCCACAAACUGUUGAAUAAGUCAAGGGGUAUGAAUGCUUUCUGAAGGUCUGCUAAAUGGCAUAUUAAGGCACUGUACCUACAGGUUAUGGAAAAUUUGCUCUUUUAGUAUUUCUCCAGUAGGUUUCCUGAAGGAAACCUCUUCUAUUUUAAAGAUAAUAAAACAAAGACAGUAUACAUUAAUGUCCGCAAAAACACUACACUAAAUACUACAGUGUACUACACUCCGCAAAAGCACUACAGUAAAUACUACAGUAUAGUACAGUCCGCAAAAACACCAGUAAGUACUACAGUAUACUACAAUCUACAAAAACACUACCUGAAUUACUAUAGUAUAUACUAGAGUUUUCUUUUACUACAGUAUUUAUGUUAUAGUUAACUGUAAAUACUACAGUCUGCAAAAACGCUACAAUGAAUACUACAGUAAAGUCAGCAAAACACUACAGUGAAUACUAUAGUAUUUAUAACACAGUAUACUAUAGUAUGCUUUUAUGUGGGGAGCACCUGGGGUAGCCAGGCCGGCCGUAUCUCUACCAGACCUUCUAGGCGCUCUAGGGAAGAAGAAUUCCUAACAUUCCUUCUGUAGCCGGAGUUUCUCAGGUUGUCAGGCCCCAAGGAGCCAGUCAGCUGGACUAAUCUAUUAUGGAAGCUCCCAUCUGGACUAGGUUAGGGACCUGGUGGGGGAUGGGCUUUGUGUAAGUGUGUGUGUGAGUAUGUGUGUGAGUGUGUACAGUGCAUUCGGAAAAGUAUUCAGACCCCUUCAGUUUUUCCACAUUUUGUUACGUUAGUCUUAUUCUAAAAUUGAUUAAAUAAAAUAAAAAUCUCAUCAAUCUACACACAAUACCCUAUAAUGACAAAGCGAAAACAGGAUUUUUAUACAUUUUUGCAAAUGUAUUGUGUGUAGUAUUCAGACCCUUUGCUAUGAGGCUCGAUAUUGAGCUCAGGUGCAUCCUGUUUCCAUUGAUCAUCCUUGAGAUGUUUCUACAACUUGAUUGGAGUCCACCUGUGGUAAAUUCAAUUGAUUGGACAUGAUUUGGAAAGGCACACACCUGUCUAUAUAAGGUCCCACAGUUGACAGUGCAUGUCAGAGCAAAAACCAAGCCGUGAGGUCGAAGGAAUUGUCCGUAGCGCUCCGAGACAGGAUUGUGUCGAGGCACAGAUCUGGAGAAGGGUACCAAAAAAUGUCUGCAAGAUUGAAGGUCCCCAAGAACUCAGUGGCCUCCAUCAUUCUUAAAUGGAAGAAGUUUGGAACCACCAAAACUCUUCCUAGAGCUGGCCGCUGGGCCAAACUGAGCAAUCGGGGGAGAAGGGCCUUGGUCAGGGAGGUGACCAAGAACCCAAUGGUCAAUCUGACAGAGCUCUAGAGUUCCUCUGUGGAGAUGGGAGAACAAUCUCUGCGGCACUCCACCAAUCAGGCCUUUAUGGUAGAGUUGCCAGAUGGAAGCCACUCCUCAGUAAAAGGCACAUGACAGCCUGCUUGGAGUUUGACAAAAGGCACCUAAAGGACUCUCAGACCAAGGGAAACAAGAUUCUCUGGUCUGAUGAAACCAAGAUUGAACUCUUUGGCCUGAAUGCCAAGCGUCACGUCUGGAGGAAACCAGGCACCAUCCCUACAGUGAAGCAUGGUGGUGGCAGCAUAAUGCUGAGGGGAUGUUUUUCAGUGGCAGGGACUGGGAGACUAGUUAGGAUUGAGGGAAAGAUGAACGGAGCAAAGUACAGAGAGAUCCAUGAUGAAAACCUGCUCCAGAGCGCUCAGGACUUCAGACUGGGGUGAAGGUUCACCUUCCAACAGGACAAUGACCCUAAGCACAUUUCUAAAAACCUGUUUUUGCUUUGUCAUUAUGGGGUAUUGUGUGUAGAUUAAUGAGGGGGGAAAAAACAAUUUAAUUCAUUUUAGAAUAAGGCUGUAACAUAACAAAAUGUGGAAAAGGUGAAGGGGUCUGAAUACUUUCAGAGUACAAUGUAUGUAUGUGUGUGUGUGUGUGUGUGUGUGUGUGUGUGUGUGUGUGUGUGUGUGUGUGUGUGUGUGUGUGUCACAGGGCUGAAGUGAAGAUGAGGCCUUCCACAUCUUGUUAAAUUUUUCCAUAGGCACCCUGCCUCACUGUGGGCUCAACUCCCCCCCUUUGGGCAGACUGUAAUUACCUGAAAUCCAUUAAAUACGGCGGAUAGGAACUCUGCAAGGAGAGGGAAAUGGAGAGGGAAAACAAUAAAUUAUGGUGGUAAUAAGCUGUUUGAAAACAAAGUAACAGCUGUUCUGGCAGCUCGGUUACAUUUUCUCCUGGUGUCUUUUCUAUGAAUUCAAAACCCGGAAUAUAAAAAAAGAGUGGGGGAAGAGAAAAGGGGAAAAAAAGGGAAGGUUCAGACCUUUUAACUACAGCGUUCUGGUUUGGAUCAGCACCAGCACUUCUCUGUGUACACUGUGGAGCUCUGUCCCCCUGGCCCACUUCUGGAGGGGGGAUGUGGAGGUAUGGAGGGGGAAAGGAAGGAGCUGGGUUUCAGUUUCUGCCUCAGCUCCUACUCUGAACACUUUGAUUCCACUUUCUAAAAAAGAGAUAGAACAACAACACAAUCACAACCCGGCCCCCCCAAAAAACACAGGGAGAAAGUUACGAGCUACCCACUGCCCAGCAUCAGGAGGUUGACUGUGAUUGGAGGAGACAAGCAAGGCCCUGCGGAAGGAUCAUGGUAAAAGGUUUGUUUUUCGGGGGAAGGUCAGAGUGGCUGUGGGGUUCCAGUCUACUUGGUUCUGUUGUUCUAACUCAUUCUCUGGCCUGUUAAAGAGAUCAACCUUAAUUGCUCCCGUUUGUCUUCGUUUGACACAUCUGUAGGGUACCUAGACCUUACAGUUGGUGUAGAAUUUGUGGAUUUGAUGCCACAAUUUACAAGCUUAUAAAUGUCUUAGAAUUUGCUGCUUUGUUAUGAUUGUUCUACGUAUAUAUGUAGCUCUAGUACUGUACUUUUAAAUGAAAGUGUACAGUAUUGGGCAAAUUUGUGGAUUUGAUGCCCUCAAGUUACAACUUUAAGCAAGUAGUACUAUAAUUUGCCACUUAUGUUUGUGCCUCACUUCUCAUAUUGAACAUACAGUACAUUCUUGUUCUGGAGUUACCUGAGCUAACCCCAGACUGCCACAGAGUAAACAGUGAGAGGAGCUGUCCGGAUCCAUAGGGCUUAAGGGUCAUAGUUCACCUGAGAGAGACGAGCUCCCAACGGGGGCAUACGCCACCUUAAUCUGUCUGACUGUUUGUACGGCGAAGUGUUGAAAAAGAGAAGAAGAUGGAGAGAGGAAGAGAGGUGAAGAUGAUGAGAGUGAAGGAAGACUGGCUGUACAGAAAAUAAAUGUUGAAAGAGAGAAUAUGGGGAGGAAUAGAAGGAGGAGGUAGAGGAAGAGAGGUAGAGAUCAUGAGAGUGAAGGAAAGCGGCUUAAGAGAGCCUAACUAGCCUAAUUAUAGUGCGUUAGUUCAUCCCAGAAGGAAGAGCAUGGUUUACUCCUCCUAUAUCAAAGUAUGUGUGUAAUGUUCAGUUUGCAUGCCAGAGACAAUGAUGGGAGGUGAUUGACUCCAAUAGUGUUCUGAUUGCACUCUGGUGGACGGGAAAGGGAGAGAGGAGUGGGAAGAGAGAGCGAGGGGUGGAAAGGGAAGCCCAAGAACAAGAAGGAUAAACUCCUGUCCAUUCCCUCAGUGGUCAAACUGAUUGAAUCAAGGACAGUAGUGUCUCAAAGCCAGAGUAACCCUGGAGUGUUCCCCAUGUUCCCCCUGCUCCUGUCCUAGAGAUAUAGGAAGUGAUGGUGGGGAGGACGUUGGUUGUCUUGUUGUUUUUUGCUCCACGUUUCUCUUCCUCACUGAGUCCAUCUGCUUAUGCAAUCACUCUCCCAGGUGCAGAGAGAGAGAGAGAGAAACUGUGUGUGUGUUUGAGAGAGGGAGAGGGAGAUAAAGAGAAGAGAAGAGGGCUGCAGGGAACUACAGCUGACUGAGAGACAGGGAGGGGAAGUGGGGGAAAGAAAGGGAGGGAGGGGUGGAGAGAGCUGCAGUUACAGAAGAGGGGUGUUCCUAACUUCCUAUAUGUGACCGACUGGCUGAAAUCAGUCUUAUGUAGCAACAUUUGAAAUUGUGUUUUUUACAUUGGAUAAAAGUAGAGACUCAGAGCUAGAAAAUGGUAUAUCAUACACUACAGUUGAGGAACAAUGGGAUAGUAAUUCUGCUUUGAAAGUUGAUCAAAUGGCCCUUGAAUGUUUUGGUACACAUACUGGAGAGCUCUUCUUUGUCUACACCCAUUCAGCAUCCUUCACACCCUCUUAAGCUUUAGUCCCACCCAUCUCUUUAACAUUUAAAUUUUUGUCAUUUAGCAGACACUCUUAUUCAGAGCGACUUACAGUUAGUGAGUGCAUACAUUAUUUUUAUUAAAUUUUUCAUACUGGCCUCCCGUGGGAAUCGAACCCACAACCCUGGCGUUGCAAACGCCAUGCUCUACCAACUGAGCUACGUCCCUGCCGGCCAUUCCCUCCCCUACCAUGGAGGACGCUGGGCCAAUUGUGCGCCGGCCCAUGGGUCUCCCGGUCGCGGCCGGCUAUGACAGAGCCUGGAUUAAGGAUUCACAUGUGAGGCCAUGUACUAAACAACCAAAGAUUUGAAGACUAAAGGCUGGUUUAUACUACGGGUGUGUUCGUAAAUUUAAUCUGGAGUGCCAGAGUGUUUUCUGGGCGUUCGUAAACUCAGGGCGUUGUCAGAUUGUCCAUUCGUAAAUUCAGAGCGUUUCGCUCUCUGAGUAUUCAGAGCACACACUGGACGCUCUGGCUGAGGAAUAGGGUUGAUUUGAGUGUUCUGCCCUAACAACAGCAGUCAAGCACCCAAGCACCCAAGCUAACUGGCUAACUUUGGCUAGCUUGCUAGCUACUUCCUGAAACAAAUGAGAGAACAGCUGUUUGGAGUUUUAGGCUGGGUUUCUGUAUAUAGCACUUUGUGACAUCUGCUGAUAUAAAAACAGCCUAACCAGCUCUGCUAGGGCGAGUUAAAUGGUCAGAUUCAAUCAAUCAAUCAAUCAAUCAAAUGUAUUUAUAAAGCCUUUUUUACGUUAUCCAGAGCAUUGGUGACUGCAAAUGUGCUGCUGGCAACAAUUUAAUAAUGCUUUUUUGCCAACGUUUACUGACACCAGCCAUAUUCAAUGGGUGUUGAGCAUUUGUAAAUUUGUCAGUUAUUCUGUGCUCUGGCACACUCAGACGAGAGUGCUCUGAAAUCAGAGUAGAUAGCCAGAGCGAAUUUUCCAGCUACACUACCGGUCAAAAGUUUUAGAACACCUACUCAUUCCAGGGUUUUUCUUUAUUUUUACUAUUUUCUACAUUGUACAAUAAUAGUGAAGACAUCAAAACUAUGAAAUAACACAUAUGGGAUCAUGUAGUAACCAAAAAAGUGUUAAAGAAAUCAAAAUAUAUUUUAUAUUUGAGAUUCUUCAAAUAGCCACUCUUUGCCUUGAUGACAGCAUUGCACACUCUUGGCAAACAAACAAGAAAUAAGACAAAAAAACUGAAAACUUGAGCGUGCAUAACUAUUCACCCCCCCCCAAAGUCAAUACUUUGUAGAGCCACCUUUUGCAGCAAUUACAGGGUAUGUCUCUAUAAGCUUGGCACAUCUAGCCACUGGGAUUUUUGCCCAUUCUUCAAGGCAAAACUGAUCCAGCUCCUUCAAGUUGGAUGGGUUUCGCUGGUGUACAGAAAUCUUUAAGUCAGACCACAGAUUCUCAAUUGAAUUGAGGUCUGGGCUUUGACUAGGCCAUUCCAAGACAUUUAAAUGUUUCCCCUUAAACCACUCGAGUGUUGCUUUAGCAGUUUGCUUAGGGUCAUUGUCCUGCUGGAAGGUGAACAUCUGUCCCAGUCUCAAAUCUCUGGAAGAAAUGUCCUUGUAUUUAGCGCCAUCCAUCAUUCCUUCAAUUCUGACCAGUUUCCCAGUCCCUGCCGAUUAAAAACAUGGUGUUCUCGGGGUGAUGAGAGGUGUUGGGUUAGCGCCAGACAUAGCGUUUUCCUUGAUGCCCAAAAAGCUCAAUUUUAGUCUCUUCUGACCAGAGUACCUUCUUCAAACGUGUUUGCUUAUUUUUUUUCUUUAAGCAAUGCCUUUUUUUCUGGCUACUCUUCCGUAAAGCCCAGCUCUGUGGAGUGUACGGCUUAAAGUGGUCCUAUGGACAGAUAUUCCAAUCUCCACUGUGGAGCUUUGCAGCUCCUUCAGGGUUAUCUUUGGUCUCUUUGUUGCUUCUCUGAUUAAUGCCCUCCUUGCCUGGUCCGUGAGUUUUGCUGGGCGGCCUUCUCUUGGCAGGUUUGUUGUGGUGCCAAAUUCUUUCUAUCUUUUAAUAAUGUAUUUUGUGGUGCUCCGUAGGAUGUUCAAAGUGUCAGAUAUUUUUUUAGAACCCAACCCUGAUCUCUACUUCUCCACAACUUUGUCCCAGAGCUGUUUGGAGAGCUCCUUGGUCUUCAUGGUGCAGCUUGCUUGGUGGUGCCCCUUGUUUAGUGGUGUUGCAGACUCUGGGGCCUUUCAGGACAGGUGUAUAUAUACUGAGAUCAUGUGAGCGAUCAUGUGACACUUAGCUUGCAUACAAGUGGACUUUAUUUAACUAAUUAUGUGACUUCUGAAGGUAAUUGGUGUCACCAGAUCUUAUUUAGGGGCUUCAUAGCAAAGGGAGUGAAUACAUAUGAAGGAGUACAUAUGCACGCACCACUUUUUAUUUAUUUUUUUGACUUUUUUUAAACAAGUUAUUUUUUUCAUUUCACUUCACCAAUUUGGACUAGUUUGUGUAUGUCCAUUACAUGAAAUCCAAAUAAAAAUAAAUUUAAAUAUAUAUGCUAAGACAAGGCUACAGUGAGGGAAAAAAGGAUUUGAUCCCCUGCUGAUUUUGUACAUUUGCCCACUGACAAAGACAUGAUCAGUCUAUAAUUUUAAUGGUAGGUUUAUUUGAACAGUGAGAGACAGAAUAACAACAAAAAAAUCCAGAAAAACGCAUGUCAAAAAUGUUAUAAAUUGAUUUGCAUUUUAAUGAGGGAAAUAAGUAUUUGACCCCUCUGAAAAACAUGAUUUAGUACUUGGUGGCAAAACCCUUGUUGGCAAUCACAGAGGUCAGACGUUUCUUGUAGUUGGCCACCAGGUUUGCACACAUCUCAGGAGGGAUUUUGUCCCACUCCUCUUUGCAGAUCUUCUCCAAGUCCUUAAGGUUUCGAGGCUGACGUUUGGCAACUCGAACCUUCAGCUCCCUCCACAGAUUUUCUAUGGGAUUAAGGUCCGGAGACUGGCUAGGCCACUCCAGGACCUUAAUGUGCUCUUCUUGAGCCACUAAUUUGGCUGGAAUACCCAUCCACGACCCAUGUUCAAUGCCCUGGCUGAGGGAAGGAGGUUCUCACCCAAGAUUUGACGGACAUGGCCCCGUCCAUCGUCCCUUUGAUGUGGUGAAGUUGUCCUGUCCCCUUAGCAGAAAAACACCCCCAAAACAUAAUGUUUCCACCUCCAUGUUUGACGGUGGGGAUGGUGUUCUUGGGGUCAUAGGCAGCAUUCCUCCUCCUCCAAACACGGCGAGUUGAGUUGAUGCCAAAGAGCUCGAUUUUGGUAUCAUCUGACCACAACACUUUCACCCAGUUCUCCUCUGAAUCAUUCAGAUGUUCAUUGGCAAACUUCAGACGGGCCUGUAUAUGUGCUUUCUUGAGCAGGGGGACCUUGGGGCACUGCAGGAUUUCAGUCCUUCAACGCGUAGUGUGUUACCAAUUGUUUUCUUGGUGACUAUGAUCCCAGCUGCCUUGAGAUCAUUGACAAGAUCCUCCCGUGUAGUUCUGGGCUGAUUCCUCACCGUUCUCAUGAUCAUUGCAACUCCACGAGGUGAGAUCUUGCAUGGAGCCCCAGGCUGAGGGAGAUUGACAAGUAUUUUGUGUUUCUUCCAUUUGCGAAUAAUCGCACCAACUGUUGUCACCUUCUCACCAAGCUGCUUGGCGAUGGUCUUGUAGCCUAUUCCAGCCUUGUGUAGGUCUACAAUCUUGUCCCUGACAUCCUUGGAGAGCUCUUUGGUCUUGGCCAUGGUGGAGAGUUUGGAAUCUGAUUGAUUGAUUGCUUCUGUGGACAGGUGUCUUUUAUGCAGGUAACAAGCUGAGAUUAGGAGCACUCCCUUUAAGAGUGUGCUCCUAAUCUCAGCUCGUUACCUGUAUAAAAGACACCUGGGAGCCAGAAAUCUUACUGAUUGAGAGGGGGUCAAAUACUUAUUUCCCUCAUUAAAAUGCAAAUCAAUUUAUAACAUUUUUGACAUGCGUUUUUCUGGAUUUUUUUGUUGUUAUUCUGUCUCUCACUGUUCAAAUAAACCUACCAUUAAAAUUAUAGACUGAUCAUUUCUUUGUCAGUGGGCAAACGUACAAAAUCAGCAGGGGAUCAAAUACUUUUUCCCCUCACUGUAUGUAUGUUUGUGCAUAUGGAAGUCAGUGAUUUAUGUUUACUAUAGGUUAAUGAGGCAAUGCAAAUGUGAUGUGACUAAAAUGUGACUAAAAUGAAAGGGAAUUUAGUUUACUAAAUUGACUAAGACUCGACUAAAUCUAAAAAAGAGAGCCAAAAGUAACACUGCCUCAGGGUCAACUUGAGGGUUAAACUAAUGCAUUCUGGGAAAUUUAACCAAAUGUAAGUGAUUAAUUAAAUAUAAUAUCUUAGAAUAUUCACAUACAGGUUUUGUUUUCCUUGAACAUUCAUUUUAAGAGUUUGUCCUAAAAAUCUAUUGUUUCAACAAUAUUUUAUAUGCAUGUACAGUGCAUUCGGAAAGUAUUCAGAACCCUUGACUUUUCUACAUUUUGCUACGUUACAGCCUUAUUCUAAUAUUGAUUUUAAAAAAUGUUUCCCUCAUCAAUCUACACACAAUACCCCAUAAUCAUUUACAUUACAUUUUAGUCAUUUAGCAGACGCUCUUAUCCAGAGCGACUUACAGGAGCAAUUAGGGUUAAGUGCCUUGCUCAAGGGCACAUUUACAUCAUUUAGCAGACGCUCUUAUCCAGAGCGACUUACAAAUUGGUGCAUUCACCCUAUAGCCAGUGGGAUAACCACUUAUGACAAAGCAUUAGAAUUUUGUGCAAAUUUAUUUAAAAAAAAAUCCUCAAAUAAUACAUUUACAUAAGUAUUCAGACCCUUUACUCAGUACUUUGUUGAAACGCCUUUGGCAGCGAUUACAGCCUUGAGUCUUCUUGGGUAAGACGCUACAAGCUUUGCACACCUGUAUUUGGGGAGUUUCUCCCAUUCUUCUCUGCAGAUUGUCUCAAGCUCUGUCAGGUCGGAUGGGGAGCGUAGUUGCACAGCUAUUUUCAGGUCUAUCCAGAGAUGUUAGAUCGGGUUCAAGUCCGGGCUCUGGCUGGGCCACUCAAGGACAUUCAGAGACUUGUCCCGAAGCCACUCCUGCGUUGUCUUGGCUGAGUGCUUAGGAUCGCUGUCCUGUUGGAAGAUGAACCUUUAACCCAGUCUGAGGUCCUGAACACUCUGGAGCAAGUUUUCAUCAAGGAUCUCUCUGUACUUUGCUCCGUUCAUCUUUCACUCGAUCCUGACUAGUCUCCCAGUCCCUGCCACUGAAAAACAUUCCCACAGGAUGAUACUGCCACCACCAUGCUUCACCGUAGGGACGGUGCCAGGUUUCCUCUAGAUGUAACUCUUGACAUUCAGGCUAAAGAGUUCAAUCUUGGUUUCAUCAGACCAGAGAAUCUUGUUUCUCAUGGUGUGAGAGUCUUUAGGUGCCUUUUGGCAAACUCCAAGCGGGCUUUUACUGAGGAGUGGCUUCCGUCUGGCCACUCUACCAUAAAGGCCUGAUUGGUUGAGUGCUGCAGAGAUGAUUGUCCUUCUGGAAGGUUCUCCCAUAUCCACAGAGGAACUCUGUAGCUCUGUCAGAGUGACCAUGGGUGCUUGGUCAUCACCCUGACUAAGGCUCUUCUCCCCGAUUGCUCAGUUUGGCCGGGUGGCCAGCUCUAGGAAGAGUCUUGGUGAUUCCAAACUUCUUCCAUUUACGAAUGAUGGAGGCCACUGUGUUCUUGGGGACCUUCAAUGCUGCAGACAUUUUUUGGUACCCUUCCCCAGAUCUGUGCCUCGACACAAUCCUGUCUUGGAGCUCUACGGACAAUUCCUUCGACUUCAUGGCUUGGUUUUUGCUCUGACAUGCACUGUCAACUGUGGGACCUUAUAUAGACAGUUGUGUGCUUUUCCAAUAUUUCAGUAUUUUAUUUUUAAUACAUUUGCAAAAAAAUUAUAAAAACCUGUUUUUGCUUUGUCAUUAUGAGGUACUGUGUGUAGAUUGAUGAGGAAAUAAAACUAUUUAAUCCAUUUUGGAUAAGGCUGUAACGUAACAAAAUGUGGAAAAAGUGAAUGGGUCUGAAUACUUUCCGAAUGCACUGUAUUUACAAAACAAUAUAUAGGGGAUUGGAAAUGAUGCAGACAAUUACAUUGAUGGAGCCACAAUACAUUUACAUUACUGCAAUAUUAUAGCUGAUCCUGUAACGCACUAAAGAGACCAGAUUUGUUUGUUUUAAGUGUUUGUCCAGUGUGAAUUGUAGGCACGUCCCUAUUCCCUAUUUAGUGCACUUUAUAGGGAAUAGGGUUCCAUUUGGGCCGUAGCCUGUGAAUCAAUGGCUGAGUUGUAUUAUCCAGACAGCCCUGUGUUGUGAAGGGUGCCAGGGGAGUGUGAAUAACAGUUAAGGGCUUGCCCCCUCGGUCACACCUUCUUGUCCCCCCUCCACUAGCCGGGGCCCCACUCUUUCUCACUACCUCACUACUAGUCUAAUGCUAAUGCUAGCUGUAGUAGUGCAUGUUGUUCAGGCUUUGGACUGAAAACUUUACUCAAGGGAGCUCUGCUGCUUCGCCAUAUUUCUCAUACAGUUUUUCUGUUGAGAGUAGAGAUAAAAUGAGCAGAGUAACUCUCACAAAUAUCAGUAAAGCUUUAUUUUACAAUCCGGUUUAAGCUGAUAUUUACAUGGUAAUAACUAAUUCACUAUGUGGUAACAAUGGAUCCUUUUUGGUACUUACCAAAUAUAAUAUGUUACAUGUUCAUGUAUUGCUAUAAUUCUGUUAUUGGGUUUAGAAUGGACAGAAUCUGACCUGAUUGGUUGUAUCUUUUCUUUAGGGGCGCCCUAUUGGACGAUGUUGGAGAAGAUGGAGAAGAGGCUGCACGCGGUGCCUGCUGCCAACACAGUCAAGUUCCGCUGUGCUGCCGGGGGCAACCCACGUCCUAAGAUGCGCUGGCUGAAGAACAGCCGACCAUUCCGACAGGAGGACCGCAUGGGCGGGUAUAAGGUACGCGAGAACCCUGCGCUGCAGCAUGCAAGGAUUUUCUCACGACUAGUGCCUUGGAAUGAGUCUAUGAAGUUAAAUGUUUCAUUUGAGUUUACAUUUGUGACUGUUGUUUAGAAAGGAUUUACUCUUCCAAUGCUAUUUUUGGCGGCUUGAUCUUGAUGCAGACUGUUGCCCUUCCAUUUUGGCUCUUAAAAUCCGCUAAUCACAUUUGUCUGUCACCCACCCCCUCUACGCCAUCACUGGAGACAGAGGAGAGGAGAGGAGGGCAGGGUUGCUGGUUUGAAAUUGGACUCAGACAUCCGUGUGUGUGCUCUCGAUGGGACAUUAUACUCACUCUCUCUCCCCCAGCUUUAAAUGUCUCUCAACUCCCCCAAUUAGAAAACCCAAACAUACAGUAAAACUUUAGGUCACAUAGACAGUAAGCAAGUAGAAAGUGACACAAAUUAAGAGAACAACAAGUGGUACAAUCAGGGUUCUUUCUACUGCGAAUGACGGGGAUGAGGGCCCUGUCGGGUGUCUGGAGCAAAUCCCUCUCGUCCGACUCAUUAAAGAAAAAUUCUUAGUCUAGUUCAAGGUGAGUAAUCGCUGUUCUGAUGUCCAGAAGCUCUUUUCGGUUAUAAGAGACAGUAGCAGCAACAUUAUGUACAAAAUAAGUUACAAACAAUGCGAAAAAACACACAAAAUAGCACGGUUGGUUAAGAGUCCAUAAACUGCAUCCAUCCCCUCCUGCGCCAGGAAAUAAGCUUUAGACCUGCAAAAUGUUCUCUCUGCCAACAAGAGAGGUGUGAACAGUUUGUGUCAUGGACAGUGCUUGUGCCCAUAGAAAUAGAUGUGGCGCGCGCAUGUUCACGAGUGAAAAUGAUGGGAGGGGGGCCCGAGUAAAACAUUUUGGAACCACUGUUCCAAGGAGUAGAAGGGUAAGCGGUAGCUUUAGAAACGCUCCACUCCACAGUCCCAGCAAAACAGUGAACUUCCUUGGGUAGGGGUAGCAGCUCACCUUGGACCAGUCUGUCACCACCUGUAAUAUUGUUUUUCACCAUGGUGCACUAGUGAGAACAGACCUGACCGUCGUCACUCACCGAGCCUCCUCACUCACUCUCUCAAUCUUAUAUAGUACUCUACAAUUGUCCAUUUUGGUCUGCGGCCUUCCAUCCAUCUACAGUAUGCAUUGUUUUCCCUCUCAGGUGCGUCACCAGCACUGGACCCUGAUCAUGGAGAGUGUGGUGCCGUCAGACAAGGGCAACUACACUUGCCUGGUGGAGAACUCAUAUGGCGCCAUCAACCACACCUACACCCUGGAUGUAGUGGGUGAGUACUGCACUGGGCCUGCCUGGGAUGGAGGGAGGGAUGAGGGGAUGGAGGGAUUGGGUGUUAAUUAUAAUAUCUGCAAGACACCCGUGGGGAGUUGGGGUCAGAGUCAGGGUCAGCUAUUUACCAGUGUCCCUGGAGCAUUUGGGGUACACUGACAAAUUGGUCAUGCUGUUGGCUCCGGGAUUCAAACCUUUUGGUUACUGGCCUAAUGUGCUAACCUCGAGGCUACCUGCCACCCACACCUAAAUGUUAACAGUUUGGGCCAGCAUUAGGGGUUCUGAUGGAGGGGGUUGGGGGGUUAAUGCUGGCUGUUUGAUCCCCCAGGUGCAUGCUACUAUACUUUAUGCAGGUGCGGAGAAGGAAUGCUGCCUAGGUGUGCCAGGUCUGUUUCUAUGGGCAGUUUUGAUUCAUGUACUGUAUUUAGGCAGCGCCCUGGCCAUUGCUCCUUGGUCACAAUAGCCUGAUUCACACCAAACCAAGCCAAACUAUACUGGGCUUUCCUGGUUACGUAUCAACCACAUUUGCUGGAACUUUGCCGGAAAGGACAAUGUGAAAAGAAAAUAUCCAAGCCAGGACAGUACGGUUCGGGUUGGCCCUACAGUGUGAAUCAGGCAACUGUCAAGUGGACAUAAGGACCAGGGAUGUGACUGUCAGAGGAGCUGGAGAGGGACAGUGGGAGUGGCAUGCUGCUGAGCUUCUCUCUGGGAGCAAACAGAACCAAUGGCUUAGCAGUAUUACAAGGGGACACAGCAAGUUCAAACCCAACUCACUCAACCCCUUUGCGCUGACCUUUGGUGUGUGUCAUAGUCACCAUGCUAUCCAUGCAUUUAUGGAGAGACCUACACCUGACACAUACUAUACAUGCAAACAAGCGUAUAUUUCACAGAAACACUCAAGUCACGAACAUACUAGGGCAGGGCUGCCCAACCCUCUUCCUGGAGAUCCGGAGUAAGAAUAGAGGGGAGUUCCUUAGGGUUGGACUGAAAACCCACAGGACGGUAGAUCUCCAGGAAGAGGGUUGGGCAGCCCUGGUCUAGAGCCACAGUGUGGCUAUAAGUCAAAAGUAGCAGCGCUAAGCAGCCAUCACGACUACAUGAUGAACCCGGUCAGGUUCCACAGGACUUGACCAAAGCAUGCUCCCCUAGGUCCUAGCCAUGCGUGCCUUGUUUUAUCCUCUACCCAACACCUUUUAUUUAACAACGUUUUGUCUGUAAUACACUAAAAGAGGAUCUAAGAAUUCUCCGAAAAGUUUUGUGUUCAUUAGCUGUGGCACAACUAGAUGCAUUGUAGAUUUGUGUGUGUUUGUGUAUUUGAAUGUGUGAAGAUUUACUUAUUUUAAUUAUUAAUAGUAAUAAUAAUAAUCAUUAUUAUUAUUAUUUACUAACUGAUGUUUGACGGUUUUUAACCUUUUGCUGCAGUGGGCAAAAUCAGGGUCACACAGAGGGUUUCUUGAUAGUCUUAAACAAAUCUACUUUGAAACAAAAGUAUACACCUCACACACAUGCUUAUUGUCUUAAAAAAAGAAAACACCUGUACCAUGUCAGAUAUUGAGUUGAAUUUUAUUCCAUUUUGAGUUUGCAUCCCAAUAUUACACUUGAUAUACAUCACAGAACACUGAAAUAUAGCAAAACCGUUUGACAUAGAAACACGGUGGUUUAAAAAAAGUGAAUGUUUAUGAAUUAUGAAAUUAUGAAAAAUGCUAAUAACAUUCCACCCAUGAGGCCACUAGAGGGCGAUUUGGUCAUUUGACUGCAAGAAAGGGCUACUAAAUAUGAUCUGUGCUACGUUGACUAGCUGUAAACAAAUAUAUUGUAUUGGAUAGCUUGCUAGUUAUCAUGCUCCUGAGUUGUUUGCUAAAUGGCUAAAUGGCAUAUUAUUGUUUGUGUGUAAAGACAAGUGAGGGAGAAGUGGGCACAGAGAGGGAGUAAUGUGUUUGCAUCUGUUUGUGGUGUAGGGUACUUCAUUCUCUCCAUGUUAAUAUGUGUGUGUGUGUUUGUGUGUGUGAGAGACAGAGAGAGAGUGAUUGAGAGACAGAGAGAGGCAUGCAUGUGAGCGAGAUGGAUGGAAGGAGGAGGGGAGGGAGGGAGGGAGGGAGGGAGACAAUAAGCACGCUGAGCCAAAAGAAUUCAUAAGGAGGAGGGGAAAAGACAGAGAGAGAGACGAGGGAGGGGUGGGAAUCAUCUGAUCUGACGGAGAGAGAGAGAGUAGCACUUUGGCCUACUGACUGACAGACAGAGAGCGCAGAGGUGUAUUGGCAAACGUCUGACAUACAAACAAACAGACAGACUAACACAGACACACAGGGUUGUGCAGGGUAGUGAAGGGUAGGCAGUGGUAGGGUAGUGUGUGAAAGGGGGUAUUGUUCGGCAGGUCUUGCUCUGUUUGGAUUUGCAGGCCAAAUGUUUGCUUGCAAAAGAACGCAGAUCGUUUUUAGUGAGGGAAAAUGAAGGUGUUUCUCUGCGGAGCGUGGCUGUAUAAUGUAACCCUUACUAGGCCACAGUGUCAGCUAAUGUUUAGUUACUUCAUAUAGUUGCCAAAGUUUUGCAAUAAAAGGCAUUUUGAAAUAGCAUCGGCUCAGAAUGUGAUUGAAGUGAGUUUUUAGAUUAAACUCUUACUACAGGUGUGUUUAGUCCUUAUCAGUAGAGAUAACUCCUCUUUGUUUUGUGUGAAUAAUCUACGCAGUGUGGUGAUAAGAGAUAGGCAGUUUUCUUGUCGUGACUCUGCUUGUCUCCCGGUUGUGGAAUAUUCACCCGUGUCCACUGUUCCCCUAAACAUCCAGACCCCCUUCACAGCCUCAAAACUUCAAAAACACAAGCAUAAAGUAAAAACCGUUUUUUACCAUACUGUCCCAAGCCUGUGCAUCAGGCUUUUGGGUAGUAUUCUGUGCUCGUUGUCAGUUCCUUACACAUAAAGUGUCUGUGUCCUAAUGCUUAGUCUCAAGGUACCGAGUGGUGAUCUAGCUUAGUUGAUCAAUUGUCUGUCAUUGACAUUAGUAAUACAAACCUGUCUAUUGCCUUAGGGUGUACAGUGCAAGGUUGGGGUUUGGAAUGGCCAUGGUGAUGUCUCAAUGCACAAACUAACAUAACACCCCUUUUCUCUCUCCAUCUUAGAACGGUCCCCUCAUCCGCCCAUUCUCCAAGCAGGGCUGCCGGCCAACACCAGUGUGCAAGUGGGGGAGGACGCACGCUUCGUGUGUAAGGUGUACAGCGAUGCUCAGCCCCACAUCCAGUGGCUGCAGCACAUCCAGAAGAAUGGUAGUCGCACUGGCCCAGACGGACACCCCUACGUCCGCGUCCUAAAGGUACAUUCCAGCCCUCCCUGGCCCCUCAUUGGCUGUUCUGACCUGAGCGGUGAAAAUUGACACCUGAUUACCUAUCGUAGCUUUUCAUAUAUUUUUUUUCUUCAAAGUGUAGGCUAAUAAUGAUUUUGUUUUCAGGUGACCUUUUUGCCAUUUAAAAUUUUCCCCCUUUGCGAAGAAUAAUAAAUACUACUGGAAUACUCAAGCUGUGCUCCUGUCUGUGUGGCGGCUCCUUGACUCUCCUCUCCCUGCAUUUAGGUUGCAGAUGUGACAGUUAACAGGCUUUCCUGUGUUUUGUCCCCUUGCUGCCGUGUGUGUGCGUGCACGUGCGUGUUUUUGUAUGUGUGUGUGGCUCACACACUCCAGCGCUCAGGCAUCAAUAGCUCGGACGUGGAGGUGCUCACGCUCACCAACGUGACCGAAGAGGAUGCCGGAGAGUAUACCUGUAAAGUCUCCAAUUAUAUAGGUGCGGUCAACCAGUCGGGCUGGCUGACCGUCAUCCCAGGUAACCACUGACACCUGACCUCUGUUGACCCCCUCCCGUAUGGUCUCUUUGGGACUGUUACUGACCCGGUUCGGUGUGGUUUGGUGGUGUGCUGGUCUUGGUUCCUACUGGGUUGUGGACUGACUGACCCUCUCUCAGUGUUCUACUGUUUUACUCCCAGCUACUCUACUGUACUGUGUCUGACUGUACAGCCAUGGAAAUGCCCACUGGACCUGCACACCCAUGAAAAACCGCAGAUCAUAACGGAAGAUCUCGAAAGCAUCUUCGAGGGAAGAGAGAGAUAGAGAGAGAGAAAGCUCCUCUCUCUCUUUUCUCCUUUUCCCUCUUCUCUCUCCUCUCUCUCGCUCUCUUCUCUCUCUCUCUCUCUCUCUCUCUCUCCUCUCUCUCUCUCUCUCUCUCUCUCUCUCUCUCUCGAAAGGUGUGAUGUGUCAGGGUACAGGCUAGUGUUGGGUGCUGCAGUGGGGUGAUCUCCUUAUCUUCUCCUUCUGUGGUUGUGUGUACUAUGCAUGCCCAGGCCUGGUGUGGACUUACUAUUGGGCUCUGGUGUUGUGGGUGAAGGGACUUUUUUGACAGUGUUUUUGUGUAUUGUGUUUCCUAUUUUUUCCUGUGGUACAAGGUGCUCUCUCCCCCCCCGGGAAGAUCCUUCCCUUCCCUGAAAGCUCCUCCCAUCUACUCUAUCUCUAUAUAUGGGACAACAGUUCUCCUCCCAGUGAUGGACGCCAUCCAGCUGCUCCUCUCUCUUGGUGUUGUGGAUUUAAUUAUUACCUCUGCUUCCUCUUGCUCUCUUCUUUCCUCCCCUCUAUUCUUACUCCGACUCCUUUCCCUUUAUCUUACUUUCUUCCAUUUCAACCCCCUCUAUCCUCAAAUAUCCAUCCUCCAUCUUCCCUCCUUUCCUCUUUUUCCUGCAUCCUCCCUCCCUUUGUCUUCCUCCUCUUCUUCUUCCACCCCUCCUGUCCCAUCCUCCAUCCCCCUUCCCUUGCUCUUCCUUUCCUCUUCUUCAUCGUCCUCCACCCCUCCUCCUCUCCCUCUCCCAGACCGCAGGUGUUAACACCACGGACAAGGAGAUUGAAGUCCUCUACCUCCCCAAUGUCACUUACGAGGAUGCUGGGGAGUAUACGUGCUUGGCGGGCAAUUCUAUUGGGAUCUCCUAUCACACUGCUUGGUUGACGGUGCUUCCAGGUAUAUACACUCAUAUACUGUGCUCCCUUUCCCCCCUUUCUCUGUCAAUGUUGUCCACUAACAGUUCAAUGUUCAGUCAAUAAAGUUAUUUCGAUAAUUUCUAUGGGAGGAAGAACGGAGAAGUGAAAAGUCCCUCUGGAGUGAAAGACAACCUAACCCUAACUCAACGAAAUAACAAAAUAUCAGAUUACUAUGAUGAAUUUACACAGUCAACAACUCAACGUCUAACUCAGUGUAAUAGACCCCUUUCUGUGUUUAACAUGGCCGCACAGAGGGUGAUGUGCGUAAGUUGGUGGCAGAACAAGGGGGAGUUCUUAUUUACAUGUUGCUUAUGAGUACAUUUCACACUACUUUUGGAUUAUAAUAGGAUUUUAUGGCUCGUGUGAAUGUCCUGGUUAAUAUAAUGUUUGUGUCAUCAUCACAAAUCAACUGUAUUAUACUCGUUGGCUAGCUUUUGCUACAGCCUAUAUCAAUGAGCAUUAGCAUUCUAGCUAACAACUGCUCUAUCCAAAUUAGUUAUUUGGCAAAGAUCACAACCAAAUAUAAUCUUAGCGACUGUUCAAGCAAGAAUCAAAACAUCAAUGUAAGCGAAUGAGAACCACAAAAAGUUAUUUUGUUUAGAAGUAAAUAAAACGUAAAUCUAGGCUAUGUUUAAUGGGCGCAGAUGGCGAUGGCUUUCUUACUGCUGCAAAGAGUCGCGCGCAUCUGUGCAGGGUCUAGAGCAGGAAUAUGUAUUCCAUAUAUUCUGUUAUCUUGAUUGGUGACGUGUUGAAAGCCUAAUAAAGGGGCAUUUGCUCAAGGCUUAUAACUCUAGAGCGGAAGUCGACUUCCCCGAAUGGCUCAAGUACAGUGCAUUCGGAAAGUAUUCAGACCCCUUGACUUUUUCCAGAUACUUUUUCUAACCUCUCUGGAUUACAACCAAAUUAUGAGAAGUAUACUAUAUUACAUAUUGGAUCACAGAAAAAUACCACUUUUACAUUACUGUGUAGUUUACCAAUAAUAUGGUCUGACGGUAAAGUGGACAUACUCUGUAUUCAUAUCCUAAACGAAAUAAAUGAUCUCACUACAAUACAUUUGAAUAGAAAGUUGGCAAAAAUAGAUAAGAUCUUGCUACAGUGGAAAGGAAAAUACCUGUCUAUUUGUGGGAAAAUCACCCUGAUUAACUCUUUAGUCAUAUCCCAAUUUACCUAAUUGCUUAUGGCCCUGCCUACACCUAGCGACUUGUUUUUAAAAUUAUAUGAGCAGAAAAUAUUCCAUUUUAUUUGGAACGGCAAGCUAGACAAAAUUAAACGGGCCUAUUUAUAUAAUGAAUAUGAAUUCGGAGGGCAGAAAUUAUUAAAUAUUAAAGCAUUAGACCUCUCACUAAAGGCUUCAGUCAUACAAAAGUAAUACUUAAAUCCAAACUAAUUCUCUAGAAGAUUAGUAAGAAUGUCUCACCCCAUGUUCAAUAAUGGCCUUUUCCCCUUUAUUCAGAUUACAACCUCUCACUUUUGGUUAUUUGAAAAUGAAAUAAUGUCCAAAAUAUUGCUAUUUUUAAAACAAGCCAUAGAAAGUUGCUUGCAAUUUCAGUUUAAUCCACCAGAAAAGACAGAACAAAUAUUAUGGUUAAACUCAAAUAUACUAAUUGAUAAAAAAUGAAUAUAAAUAGGACUGGUGGAGUUAUGCCACACAUGCAGCUAACAAAAAUAUACGGAAAUGUCUACUCUACUCAAAAUUACAACCAGAAAAUUGCAGCAUUACCGCAAAAAUGGAAGAGGCAAGUGGAAGUGGGAGAAAGUAAGGAAAUUGUCUGUCGGCCCUGCAUUAAAGACCAAAAUUGGCUAAAGAAUAUUGUGAUAAAUAAAACAGUAUACCAGUUUAAUUUAAGGACCAAAACAUUUACAGCUGUGCCAUAUAGAUUGCAAAAUAGUUGGGAAGAUAUUUUUGAUGUAAUGAUUCCAUGGCACAUGGUUUAUGAACUGAUACACAAAACAACUAUCUUCAAAAUUGUUCCAUUUAAAUUAUUUUACAAAAUUCUUGCAACCAAUAGAAUGUUAUAUGUAGGGGGGAUACAACCACCCCAGCUCCGCAGAUUUUGCUGUGAAGAGUCAGAAUCAUUUGAUAAUUUGUUUUGGUACUGUCCAUAUGUAGCUUGUUUUUGGUCUAGGGUUCAGGAAUGGCUGAAGAAUUGCAACAUUUACCUGGAGCUAACUCUGCAAAUAGGACUGCUGGGUGAUUUAAAAAGUCAUAAGCUGUGUUCAAAUAGUCAUACUAACGGCACUAACCGUACUAUUUGUGACGUAAAUUGAGUAUGUAAUAUGCUACCUAACGUUAGAUGGCUACUAAUACAUCGAACUUGCCAGUAUAUUAUCUAAAUGCUAUCUAACUAACUACCCAAUGUUUAUUGACUUGAUUAUUCACGUCAUUCUUUGCAAAGUGGUAUAGUCAUGUGUGCAGAAUAACUGAUGAAUUUACUAAAGCUCAACAUCCGUUGAAUAUGGCCGGUGUCAGUAAGCGUCUGCAAAAAAAGCAAAGUUAAAUUGUUGCCAGCAGCACAGUUACAGUCACCAACGGCCUAACCAGCUAUGCUAGGGCAAGUAAAAUGGUAAGAGUGAGGUGUUCUCUCAUUUGUGUCUGGAAGUAGCUAGCCAACGUUAGCCAGUUAGCUUGGGUGCUUGACUGCCGUUGUCAGGUCAGAACGCUCGGAUUAACUCUACUUCUUGGCCAGAGCGUCCAGUGCGCGCUCUGAACGCUCUGAGAGCGAAAUGCUCUGAAUAUACGAACAGACAAUCUGAGAACGCUCUGAAUUUACGAACGCCCAGAGGGCACUCUGAGCACACUUUGGCACUCCAGAUUGAAUUUACGAACACACCCGAAGUCUUAACAUGUCUAGCUAGUAAUCUGUUAUGCUAACAAGCUAGCAAGAGGUUGCAUAGCAACAGCAUCAACUUCCGGUAGACAGGCGUAGUGCUAGUACACUCAACUGAAAGGAUACCGUUCGUUUACAGUAUACUAAAAUGAACUAAUAGUAUGUAGUACAGUAUAUACUCAUUAAGUAUGUAGUAUACAGUAUGUUAGUAUGGGUAUUCAAACACAGCUAUAGUCAGUCGAGCAAUAAUAUAAUAAUACUCUUAGCAAAAUGUUUUAUCUUUAAUCAGUAGAAUCUAUGAGAAUAGAAAGGUUCAGAACUUUUGUGAAACAUCACAGCACAGUUGAAAAAUAUAUGGCAAAUAGAAAUCAAAACUGGAUGGUGUUCAGAGAUAGAUGGGAGGGGUUGAGGGGAGCUGAAGGAUGGGACUAAAAACAAACAAAAGAUAACUAUUGUAAAAUGUAUAUAGUAUGUAUAAGGUGGAAGUAGAAGCCAAAGUGUUGUUGUCCAUUAGUUUACUCAAAUUAGGGAGGGAUGGUAGGGUUAGGGGAAAAUAAUAAAGGAAAAUAUAUAAAAUAUUUUACAGUGCAUUCGGAAAGUAUUCAGAUCCCUUCACUUUUUCCACAUUUUGUUACGUUACAGCCUUAUUCUAAAAUGGAUGAAAUAUUUUUUUGCCCUCAUCAAUCUACACACAAUACCCCAUAAAUACCUUAUUUACAUAAGUAUUCAGACCCUUUGCUAUUAGACUCGAAAUUGAGCUCAGGUGCAUCCUGUUUCCAUUGAUCGUCCUUGAGAUGUUUCUAAAACUUAAUUGGAGUCCACCUGUGGUAAAUUCAAUUGAUUGGACAUGAUUUGGAAAGGCACACACCUGUCUAUAUAAGGUCCCACAGUUGACAGUACACGUCAGAGCAAAAACCAAGCCAUGAGGUCGAAGGAAUUGUCCAUAGAGCUCCAAGACAGGAUUGUGUCGAGGCACAGAUCUGGGGAAGGGUAACAAAAAUGUUUUGCAGCAUUGAAGGUCCCCAAGAACACAGUGGCCUCCAUCAUUCUUAAAUGGAAGAAGUUUGGAACCGCCAAGACUCUUCUUUGAGCUGGCCGCCGGGCCAAACUGAGCAAUCGGGGGAGAAGGGUCUUGGUCAGGGAGGUGACCAAGAACCCGAUGGUCACUCUGACAGAGCUCCAGAGUUCCUCUGUGGAGAUGGGAGAACCUUCCAGAAAGACAAUCAUCACUGCAGCACAUCACCAAUCAGGCCUUUAUGGUAGAGUGGCCAGACGGAAGCCACUCCUCAGUAAAAGGCACAUGACAGCCUGCUUGGAGUUUGCCAAAAGGCACCGAAAUGACUCUCAGACCAUGAGAAACAAGAUUCUCUGGUCUGAUGAAACCAAGAUUGAACUCUUUGGCCUGAAUGCCAAGCGUAACAUCUGGAGGAGACCUGGCACUAUCCCUACAGUGAAACAUGCUGGUGGCAGCAUCAUGCUGUGGGAAUGUUUUUCAGCGGCACGGACUGGUAGACUAGUCGGGAUCGAGGGGAAAGAUGAACGGAGCAAAGUACAGAGAGAUCCUUGAUGAAAACCUGCUCCAGAGUGCUCAGGACCUCAGACUGGGGUAAAGGUUCACCUUCCAACAGGACAGCGAUCCUAAGCACUCAGCCAAGACAACGCAGGAGUGGCUUCGGGACAAGUCUCUGAAUGUCCUUGAGUGGCCCAGCCAGAGAAGACGCGAGGCUGUAAUCGCUGCCAAAGGUGCUUCAACAAAGUACUGAGAUAUUUCAUUUUUUUAUUUAUAUUUUAUAAGUUUGCUAAAAAAUCUAAAAACCUGUUUUUGCUUGUCUUUAUGGGGUAUUGUGUGUGUAUAUUGAUGAGGGAAAAAAACUUUAAUCCAUUUUAGAAUAACGCUGUAACGUAACAAAAUUAGAAAAAGUCAAGGGGUAAUACUUUCCGAAUGCACUGUAUCUCCUUACUCAAGAGGGGUUUUGCCUCUCUCCCCUCCCCUUCCUCCCUCCCUCGUUCUUUCUCUUUUUCACAUCGUAUCUCUUUCUCUCUUCUGGUUCUCGGGGAAAGUGGGGACAUUUUGGCUCGUACUGCAUGUUUUUACAAAAGCAGGGUGUCUGUCUGUGUUGAUGAUAUUGUCUGUCUGUCGGUGUUAGUGGGUGCCUUGCGAUUGGAUGCCAACUCCCUCAUGGCUCCACUUCUUUCCUGGGUCUGAUCAUUUAUUGCCUUUUUAUUAUUUCUCCUUGAGAUAAUACAAAAGAAAAAAGAAAGUAACAGCCUCAAUACUUACGACUUGACUUUCUCCAAUAUCAAUUUUUUCAAUGUAUUUGGUAUUGUGUGUGUGUUUAAAUGUAUGUGUGUCUCCCUGUGUCUGCGCGAGUGGGUGUGUGUGUUUAAAUGUGUGUGUGUUUCUCUUUGUGUCUGCGCAAGUGCUUGUGUGUCUGUGUCCCUUAUGUCUACACUGAAAAACAUCAGAUAGACUCCAUGUCAACACUUAUGUUCAUUCCUUGGUUAGAGAUUCACUUAUGGCAACAGAGUCAGCCAACAUUAAUACAUCUACAUUCAUGUAGGGUGGAUGAGAUGUCUGGACUCUGGACAUUAAAUGAGAUGGAUGACAGCACGUAAUCACCUGUAAUCCACAACUUAAACAGACAGCGGGUACAAAAAAACCCUCAAUGCAGUUUUUUUCCGUAAGUACAUGGAGUAGCUAGCCAAAUAGAAAAAGUAGCCAUCCAGGAAGUUCUGGGCUGGAUGGGUUCUGGGGGUGCAUGCCACCGUGAUUUGUUUUUGCAGAACAAGCUUUAUUUUGGGGGCCUAUAGUACAUUCUAAUGCCUUGAUUCCAUCUGAAAUACACAGCUAAAUUAUUGAAUGCUUAAACGACUUUACCUCCCAGAUUGGUAAAAUGAAUUGUGGUAUUGAGUAGAAAGACAUGACUUUACAAUAAAUAUUACUGAAAAUGUAUGUAUUCAGUAUUCAGUGUUAGUUGUUUUGGAUAUCGUCUAGGCCUAGAUCUAAAUGAUCAGGACUAUUUUCUAAGUAAGAUAACCUUUUUUAACAUUAAACCUUCUCUUGAGAUUAAAGUCAUAUUUACAGUUUUACUGCAAGAUAUUAAUUGCCACAAUGAGGUUUGUCCUUCGAAUGAUGUGUUUUAUUGGCUCUUCUACUGUGGACACUGAGGGUAAGGAAACCAAUGUGUCAUUGUAAUUUGGUUGAACUAUCCCUUUAACAGUUAGGCCUGUCAAUCAAUCACUGUUGGUGGGAUUGUCAAGAGAGGGGGGCAGAAUGUUUGUGAGUCACAGAGUUGGUAGGGUUUAAGACCUGUCAAUCACUGUGGGUGGGACUUUAAGGGAAGGCUGUAGAUUAAUAAUAUGCCAUUUAGCAGACGCUUUUAUCCAAAGCGAUUUACAGUCAUGCGUGCAUACAUUUUUUUUUUUUUUUUGUAUGUGUGGUCCCGGGGAUCGAACCCACUACUUUGGCGUUACAAGCGCCGUGCUCUACCAGCUGAGCUACAGAGGACCAGUAAUGUAGUCAGAAAAACUAGUCUAGUCUACUCUUUCAAUUGAAUUUAUUGUGGCAAAAACCUAAGAAAAAAGUUGUAUUCUGUCAAGUAAACAUGGAUUCCCUGUUGAGAAACAAUAUAGAAUUGCACAACUUUUCAGGGGGAGGAACCCCAAACCACCCGCCAGAUUGUGCAGCCCCACUUUUAUACAAAGUCAGGCGCCCAUUAAUAAACGUAUAGGUAUUAUUGAAGAAUGAAGCAGGUGUUAAACAUGGGCUUUGCUACACAGUAAGCAGCAGUUGACUACUCCAUUGUCGACACUUUAAUCAAAUCAGUAGUCCAAUAUCAAUAUCUUUAAUAAUGCCAAGUAUCAUGACAUUAGUUUUUAUAACCUUCAAUCCGUUUUCUUUUAUCAUAUUUUGGACCAGAAUGAGAUGAGGCUCUCUCUUCACUACCUAUUGUUCCUGCAGUGAGGAUUCAACAUCUUCAUCAAAUGUUUUCUGAAUUUAUCUGCAGAUAAUCGCCAAUAAGCAGUAGUAGCCUACCAGUAUGCAAAUUAGGGAGCCAAAUGAACGGAUCUCUCACAGAUGCGACUUGGUUCUGUUCACCUAAAAGAUCAGUUCAAAAAGAGCCAUUUGUUCGCGAACAAACCAUCGCGUUGUUAAACCAAAACUAGUGGCAACUGAGCUGCCACCAACUCAAAGGAGAUAAAAUCUUAACUAUGCUGGAAUAUUGAAACACAUCAUCCUGAGAUAUUUUGAAUCAUUACAUGUCUGUUGUAACACUUCUUAACCCCCUAAGGUCAAUGUCCAAAUCUAAUUUGCAUAAUAAAAUAAAUCCCCCAGAAAUCUGACAGUUUAAGCUAGAGAUAUCAGUUUUUUUUGCAUUGGAUGCGUAUCAAUCCACCGCGUCCGCCUAUGUCGCACUUCCACAUCUGCGGUGAAAGGAGACAGAGCUAGAACAGAGUUUGUCAGACCAUGAGACAUCCAGAAAAUUGGUGUUCUCACAAAAUCAUAUGUAGUGUCCAAACGGUUUGGCCCACAAACUAUUAUGACCCCUCUAUGGAAAGAUGAGACUCUCAUGAACACGAUGGUGUUCUCCGUCUUGGGACUCGUCUGAAGUCAGUACAGCCGAUCUGCCAACUUCUGUAUGUAGCGUCCGAACAGUUUGGGCUACACACUAAUAUGUUUUGCUCUAGGACGCCCACAGGCCUCACAAGACUCGUCUGAAAGUCCCCUGGUACCAGUUGAAAAAAUUAAUGGAAGUACAGUAUAUCUGGAGACUGUUUAGUGCCAAAAAUAAGGGGUUAAAUACAGUGAGGGAAAAAAGUAUUUGAUCCCCUGCUGAUUUUGUACGUUUGCCCACUGACAAAGACAUGAUCAGUCUAUAAUUUUAAUGGUAGGUUUAGUUGAACAGUGAGAGACAGAAUAACAACAAAAAAUUCCAGAAAAAAUGCAUGUCAAAAAUGUUAUAAAUUGAUUUGCAUUUUAAUGAGGGAAAUAAGUAUUUGACCCCUCUGAAAAACAUUACUUAGUACUUGGUGGCAAAACCCUUGUUGGCAAUCAGAGGUCAGACGUUUCUUGUAGUUGGCCACCAGGUUUGCACACAUCUCAGGAGGGAUUUUGUCCCACUCCUCUUUGCAGAUCUUCUCCAAGUCAUUAAGGUUUCGAGGCUGACGUUUGGCAACUCGAACCUUCAGCUCCCUCCACAGAUUUUCUAUGGGAUUAAGGUCUGGAGACUGGCUAGGCCACUCCAGGACCUUAAUGUGCUUCUUCUUGAGCCACUCCUUUGUUGCCUUGGCCGUGUGUUUUGGGUCAUUGUCAUGCUGGAAUACCCAUCUACGACCCAUUUUCAAUGCCCUGGCUGAGGGAAGGAGGUUCUCACCCAAGAUUUGACGGUACAUGGCCCCGUCCAUCGUCACUUUGAUGCGGUGAAGUUGUCCUGUCCCCUUAGCAGAAAAACACCCCCAAAGCAUAAUGUUUCCACCUUCAUGUUUGACGGUGGGGAUGGUGUUCUUGGGGUCAUAGGCAGCAUUCCUCCUCCUCCAAACACGGCGAGUUGAGUUGAUGCCAAAGAGCUCGAUUUUGGUCUCAUCUGACCACAACACUUUCACCCAGUUCUCCUCUGAAUCAUUCAGAUGUUCAUUGGCAAACUUCAGACGGGCCUGUAUAUGUGCUUUCUUGAGCAGGGGGACCUUGCGGGCGCUGCAGGAUUUCAGUCCUUCACGCCGUAGUGUGUUACCAAUUGUUUUCUUGGUGACUAUGGUCCCAGCUGCCUUGAGAUCAUUGACAAGAUCCUCCCGUGUAGUUCGGGGCUGAUUCCUCACCGUUCUCAUGAUCAUUGCAACUCCACGAGGUGAGAUCUUGCAUGGAGCCCCAGGCCGAGGGAGAUUGACAGUCUUUUUUGUUUCUUCCAUUUGCGAAUAAUCGCACCAACUGUUGUCACCUUCUCACCAAGCUGCUUGGCGAUGGUCUUGUAGCCCAUUCCAGCCUUGUGUAGGUCUACAAUCUUGUCCCUGACAUCCUUGGAGAGCUCUUUGGUCUUGGCCAUGGUGGAGAGUUUGGAAUCUGAUUGAUUGAUUGCUUCUGUGGACAGGUGUCUUUUAUACAGGUAACAAACUGAGAUUAGGAGCACUCCCCUUAAGAGUGUGCUCCUAAUCUCAGCUCGUUACCUGUAUAAAAGACACCUGGGAGCCAGAAAUCUUUCUGAUUGAGAGGGGAUCAAAUACUUUUUUCCCUCACUGUACAUGUAAAAAAAUAAAAAGAAAAGAAAAGAGGGAAUAAAGAUAGGUGGGAGAAACAGAUUAAAUGGUUGGAGCGGGGAAUUUAGCCCCGGUCUUCGGUGGGGAGAGGGGUGACGUGUCUAAACCGGAAGUGUUACCGCUAGACAACGGGUUUUGCAUUUAUUUUUAUGAAGUAUAUAAUUAUUUUUUUCUGUCAAUUUCAAUUAACCCUAGAAUAAUGUAUUACAGUGUGGCUGUGUGGUUGAGUGGGUAAAAUUCUGAUUAAAUAUACCAUCAUAAUGCCCCUCCUGUUUCUAAUCCGUCUAAAUAAAGCAUUGAAAAAAUAAAGGUGUAAAAAAAUAUUAUCAUCAAUCAAUUAUUAGGCUAUAAAACAUUUGCAUUUCUAAACCAUUGAUUGUUUGAGAAACCCAGUUUUUGUGUUUUGAUGCCUUUUACAUUCACUGAAACAUCCCAAAGUGUUUUCACAACACUUUCUUAAAAUUAACAAUUUUCAGGUUGAUGAACCACUUUGGGUGUUUCAGAGUACUUAAUUAUGUGUAUUAAACCUUCUGUGUGUUAAAACACUUAAAUUGGGUUUACAUUCAUUACACAGUCAUGGUGUUUUGAGACUUUCUAUUUUUACAUUGUAGGAUACACUGAUGAGUCACUUUAGAGGUCACUGGCAAGUCUCGACAUGGGCUUUGAAUCCUAGGAAAAUACAAACAAGAUAUUUGGUUUACUUGUCCCGAUGCGAUACCAUAGACAUAGAACAGGGUUUCCGUUAGCCGGUAAUAGCCAACUUUUGGCCAAAUAAAUAAAUAAAACCCGAUAAAUAAAAUUGCCGCUGGCCAAUUGUCUGGGAGAUAAGAAUACAUCCCAUUGUGAAAUAAUGCUUUUUAGCCUAUUCAUUGAUGGAAAUACCAGUCGAUGGAAAUACAUUUGACUGGUCAUGCUUAUCGGUCUGUAGGUUAAUUUGCAUAAUUUAGUGGAAUUCAAUUGGCGUGUGUUAACAGCGUAUUCGUUAUGUAUCUUAUUUAUCAAAUGCGUACAGCAUACAGAUACAGAGUCUUUGAGCAGAAAAUCUGUCAGACUAAUAGCUGCUGCUACAGCAUCUCAAACAGCAAAUGCAACGGAAAGCAGGCUUCAUCAGCGCGUCACACACCACUUUGCCAUGAGCUGGAGGCAGCAUGCAUUUUGAAAACGUAUUCGUUUUACUACAUAUUAUGAGGCAUGUCUUCCCUUGCUUCAAAUUAGCUUAGCCAAAAUCAGACCAUAUCCAUGGAGGCAAUUCUUUUAUAUCAACUUUCUUUCAUUGUCCAGUAGCCAAAGGCACAAUCAUAAUCGUAUUAGCAACCCAUGCUAGUUGUUGCAUAUUAGAUCUCCCCUAUUUUAACAUUUCUAACGGAUAUUUUCAUCUCUGUGUGGUGCGCUUUUGACAACAGUGUUUUCCUGCUAAUUGCAUUAUGGAACGAACAUUCACAUUGAGUCUACAGCCUUGUGCACAUUGCUGUGCUUAUAAUGUGAAGAAAUAAUAGUUUAUCAACGUUUUAAACUAAACGUUCUGAUCCGUUGCAUCAGACUCAUUAUAAUUAUGGAGCCUAGGGUUACUGGUUAUAUGAAUUUGGGAUCUUUUGUCCCACAACUGUCCCAGAGUCUGUUUGGAAUAGGCAAUAGAAUAGCUUAACCUUUCUACUAUGGGGGAUAGUAGAUUGACAUAGGCUAGUGAUUUUGCUGUUCAUUACUCGUCUUGUUGGCUGAGGAAAAGUACAUAUGGACAGUUAUUCAAACAUCAGAAUUCGGUAAGAAGGUCCGCACAUCGUUGCACCCUCGACUUGCAUGUUCUGUUAAUAUGAAUUACCAUAAUCUAAAUGUAAUUUCUAUCAUUCUGGAGCACCGUGGAUGGCGCCUUAGUCAGGUAACCACCCAAUGCAUAUGGGUCCGGUAAAUUUCUCAAAUGUCCGGUAAAUUAAAAUGCUGCCGGUCAAAUGUCCGGCGCCACACUUUCCUAACGGAAACCCUGACAUUUAACUACAUUGUAUGAUUUAUGAAUAGGAAAGGGAUAUAGGAAAUUGACUUUAUUCCUUAUAUUCGACACAUUACAUUUACAUUUUAGUCAUUUAGCAGACGCUCUUAUCCAGAGCGACUUACAGUUAGUGAGUGCAUACAUUUUCAUACUGGCCCCCCAUGGGGAACAAACUUUUUAUAAACUAGUCAACACAAGAUGUUCGGUCAUCGAUCAAAGAACAGUAUAUCGCCUAUGUGCCCCAACUCCGUGGCUGGCUAUAGGCCUAUGAAACACGCAAUCACAAAACAAUAAAUAAGUGGAUUUCAACUCAUCGUUACCACUUACAGUGCAUUCGGAAAGUAUUCAGACCCCUUGACCUUUUCCACAUUUUGUUACGUUACAGCCUUAUUCUAAAAUGGAUUAAAUAAAUACAAACCCUCAUCAAUCUACACACAAUACCCCAUAAUGACAAAGGAAAAACAGGUUUUUAGAAAAACAGAAAUACCUUAUUUACAUAAGUAUUCAGACCGUUUGCUAUGAGACUCGAAAUUGAGCUCAGGUGCAUCCUGUUUCCAUUGAUCAUCCUUGAGAUGUUUCUACAACUUGAUUGGAAUCCACCUGUGGUAAAUUCAAUUGAUUGGACAUGAUUUAGAAAGGCACACACCUGUCUAUAUAAGGUCCCACAGUUGACAGUGCAUGUCAGACCAGAAACCAAGCCAUGAGGUCGAAGGAAUUGUCCAUAGAGCUCCAAGACAGGAUUGUGUCGAGGCACAGAUCUAAGGAAGGGUACCAAAAAAUGUCUGCAGCAUUGAAGGUCCCCCAGAACACAGUGGCCUCCAUCAUUCUUAAAUGGAAGAAGUUUGGAAUCACCAAGACUCUUCCUAGAGCUGGCCGCCCGGCCAAACUGAGCAAUUGGGGAGAAGAGCCUUAGUCAGGGUGAUGACCAAGCACCCAUGGUCACUCUGACAGAGCUCCAGAGUUCCUCUGUGGAUAUGGGAGAACCUUCCAGAAGGACAAUCAUCUCUGCAGCACUCCAUCAAUCAGGCCUUUAUGGAAGCCACUCCUCAGUAAAAGCCUGCUUGGAGUUUGCCAAAAGGCACCUAAAGACUCUCAGACUAUGAGAAACAAGAUUCUCUGGUCUGAUGAAACCAAGAUUGAACUAUUUGGCCUGAAUGCCAAGCGUCACGUCUGGAGGAAACCUGGCACCAUCCCUACGGUGAAGCAUGGUGGUGGCAGCAUCAUGCUGUGGGGAUGUUUUUCAGUGGCAGGGACUGGGAGACUAGACAGGAUCGCGGGAAGAGCAAAGUACAGAGAGAUCAUUGAUGAAAACCUGCUCCAGAGUGCUCAGGACCUCAGACUGGGGUAAAGGUUCACCUUCCAACAGGACAACGACCCUAAGCACAAAGCCAAGACAACGCAGGAGUGGCUUCAGGACAAGUCUCUGAAUGUCCUUGGGUGGCCCAGUCAGAGCCCAGACUUGAACCCAAUCAAACAUCUCUAGAGAGACCUGAAAAUAGUUGUGCAGCGACGCUCCCCAUCCAACCUGACAGAGCUUGAGAGGAUCUGCAGAGAAGAAUGGGAGAAACUCCCCAAAUACAGGUGUGCAAAGCUUGUAGCGUCAUAACCAAGAAGACUCGAGGCUGUAAUCGCUGCCAAAGGUGCUUCAACAAAGUACUGAGUAAAGGGUCUGAAUACUUAUGUAGUUUUUAUUUUUUAAUAAUUUUGCUAAAAAUAUAUAUUUGCCAUUAUGGGGUAUUGUGUGUAGGGAAAAAAACAAUUUAAUCCAUUUUAGAAUAAGGCUGUAACGUACUCUAACAAAAUGUGGAAAAAGUCAAGGGGUCUGAAUACUUUCUGAAUACACUGUAUAUUACAUGGGAAGUGUACAUUCACUCACAGGAGACGAUGAAGAAGCCUCAGGCUCUCCCUCCUCCGUGAAUUGAAAUUAGACUGAAGCCAACCACAGCCACAAUAAUAACACAGGUACCGAGAGGUGUGACAGACAGCAGACUGACAAACCAACAGUGUUUCCCUGUCAUCGCUCGCUUUGUGACUGACUGUAGAUCACUAGAAGAUGCAUAUCGUUCAUUCUAGCGGGAGAAAGCUAUACGGACUUUACUGACUAGCGAAUUUAAACUUUUAAAUGAAAAAAAGCCUAGUUCAUUUAUGAAGUGGAAAAAGUAUCUGUUAUCGGCUGUUUAGCCGACAGCCAACGGCGCUUGUGGAAAACACUGCCUCAAUGUCCUCGCAGAUAAUAGCCUUGUUUUGUCUCUAACAAAACAAAAUUAUCACAGGGAGCCAAAUAGUAAUUCCUUGAGGAAUAAUAUCUAUAACUUAUUGCCCUAGUUCCACGUAUCUGCUCUGGUGGCGCCUGCAUGGCUCUGCCUGCUGUCUAUGUUGUGGUUUUUGGACCAGGGGAUACAAUGCUGACAGGAGAAAGUUUCCUACAUGUUAUUAUUUCCCCCUGACUGCACAUUACAAGGGCCUUGUUUGUAGCUGUGGGUGGAUGGCAUGCAUUAUGGAACGGCCUAUGGUCCUAUAGCCACUCAGAGAAAGACCCAGACCCGUUUCUUUCAGACAGGAAGCUCAGGCCAUAUACGACCACAAAGGGCACCACUCACUUGUUUGCCGUCUGAAGUGUGUGUCUGUGUGGCGAGAGAGAGAGAGAGAGAGAGAGAGAGAGAGAGAGAGAGAGAGAGAGAGUGUGUGCAUGCGUGCGUGUGUGGUGUGUCAAGUAGCCCCGAAUGUAGGAGCGUAGUACAGCCUCCUGCUUGAGCUCAUUCAAGAUGUACUCUCCAACAGACUGUGUUUGCCCCAUAAAAGUAGAAUCAGAAUAGAGUAGAAUGAUUUCUAUGAUUUACCCCCUCUUCUCAGAUCAAUUCCAUUUCCUGUCUGUCCUAGAUGGGUUGUUUGAUGAAGUGGGAAGGAGGGGGAAGGGAGCUAAAAACAACAUUGUGUGUGUGUCUUUCUCAUUAUUUAUGUUUUGUUUGUCUAUCUAGCGAUGACGUGUGUGUGUGUCGUUUCCAUGGCGUGUGUUCUGUUUAUACAUGUGUGUCUAUCAGAUGUAGCGUGCCCAUGUCUGUUUGUUUAAGUGUCCGUGUGUCUGUCCGCGUGUGUGUGUCAAGAGUCAGUAUGUGCCUCUACGUUCCACUUUCUAUUCCCCCCUGACCCUCUCCCCUCCCCCUGCUCCCCAAUCAGCCAGUAACGAAGAGACGGUGACGGGUCUGAUGUCACCUGACUACGUGGAGAUAGCCAUCUACUGCAUCGGGGUGUUCUUGAUCGCCUGUAUGGUGGUUAUCGUGGUGGUGUGCCGGAUGAGGAAUACGGCUAAGAAGCCUGACUUAGGGAAUCAGCCGGCGGUCCACAAACUCAGCAAGCAGAUACCUCUGCGCCGCCAGGUAACAGAAAGUAGAUAAGGGGUUUCCAAGGCCUUUAACACCCGUAGAAACACAAACUCCACACACACAUGCAUUCAUACAUAAUUCUUUUUUCACGCUAUCGUGCCGACCCGAACCAAACUGUACUGACUAGGAUGUUUUAUUUUCAUGGUUUCAGCUACUAUGGUGGAUGUGUAACCAGGUUUGGCUCGGCUCGGUUCAGGUUCAGCAGUGUGAAAAGCCCUAAUAAAAUAGUCCAAAGUUUACCUACCAGCGGAAAACACAAAGCAAAGUUCCACCAAAUUUCUACUCCUGACAUAGAUCUUACGCAUUUGGGUUACUGGUACUCUAAUUUGAGAGCCCACGAAAUGUAGCUGUUCAUGGGAAGUGGAUUUUCAUAAAUUCUUUACAUUUUUAGUCAUUUAGCAGAUGCUCUUAUCCAGAGCGACUUACAGGAGCAAUUAGGGUUAAGUGCCUUGCUCAAGGGCACACCGACAGAUUUUUCACCUAGUUGGCUCGGGGAUUAGAACCAGCGACCUUUCGGUUACUGGCACAACGCUCUUAACCACUAAGCUACCUGCCGCCCCCAACAGUAUAACAAUACUGUAACUAAUACAUCGCACUGCUUGAAGUGCUAAGCCCCAGUUAACUCCACUGAAAGACAGCUAGCUACAGUGCAUGGCAUCUGAGCAUGUUAGCACUGUUAUCCAUCACCUCUAUCUCCUGCUCUAGCUUCUCUACUUCUAUGUGAGUGAUGCUUUCCCCUCAAGGGGAAAAACACAAACUCCAAGAGGUACAAAAAGUGUUGGAUUACAUUCCUGCGAGAGAUGGGUGGUUCCAGUGUCAAGGUGAGGUUGGAGCGGAAAGGAGAUAGGAGCCCUGAGGACAAUGACAACAGCAUGAUAAAUGGACACAUUAAUCAGACUGAACGUUACUCUCUAGCGCUGAGUUGGUGCUCAACUCUAAUGAUUACUGACGUGCAUUCACUCGUUUUUAAAAAGGGAAGGAAAAUAUGUUGAUUUGCACAAUAUCAAUCAAUAUCAGUAUCAUUUGAUCUUUAGUUAUGGAGAUGUCUUUCCAUCAUACACACACACACACACACACACACACACACACACACACACACACACACACACACACCUACACUCCUUGGUCCUCACUAAUAUAGUAAUAUUUUUAUCUGACCUGUGUAUCUAGACCGGUGAUCAGCCAAUCCGUCUCCUCCUACAGGUGUCAAAUGACUCCAGCUCCUCGAUGAACUCCAGCACCCCAUUGGUCCGCAUCACCACGCGACGCAGCUCGGCUGGCCACGACGACCCCAUCCCAGAGUAUGACCUCCCCGAAGACCCACGCUGGGAGUUCUCCAGAGACAGGUGAGGUACAGGGAUGGGAACCGGGGUAGGAAUAGGGAGGGGGGAGGUACAGGGUGUGGCAGGGACGGGACAGGGUACAUGGGUGUCAUAUGCCUCCUCAUCAGUAUGGCCGCAUUUCAGGCUGCCUACAUAGCAGUGGCUCAGCAAACCCCACAAUGCCUGGAUAAGUGUUUACCAUGUCAGUAACUACAUCACUACCUGACUCAAUGCCAGACUGCAACAUAGGAAAUGUGUCUUUCAAUCAUUGGUUAAUUUGUGUUGCUUAACUGCUUCACAGACCCCCUGGAAUGUGGCCUACAGUGGCUUUAUCCUCAGGUAUUUCUCUGAGAAUCGGUGAGGCCCAAGGCUGGCUGCAGUCAGUGAGGUUUUUGCUCAGUUGGAAUGUACAGUAUUUCUACCUAACUUUUUUUCUUUUUACAGAAAUGAAUCCAGUGCAGGGUCCCAU